AUGCAUUUCACCAAUACCUUUCUGGCCCUGGCGGCCUCCGCUGUUGUCGCCAACGCCGCCUCCGUCACCUUCUGGCCGCUGGACAACUCGACACGGACCAUCUACUUCACAUCCAACCCGGGAUCGUCCAGCUUGCCCCCCGUGACGGUCGGCUUGAAAAACGUCACGGUGCAGUUCCCGGACCAAUGGGUUGGCAACUUUUACGCCGUUCGAAAGGGCCAACCGAACGUGCCCGGCAUGCUGGGCGAGGUCCAGUUCGGCGGCUGGAAGGGGCUGACGUACUUUGACGUCUCGGCCAUCGUGACGCCCGGCGACCAUCUCAACGUGAAGCAGAUGUGGCCGGCCCAGUCCCAGUCGCCCAUGUCCGGAUGCGAGGUGUUCCCGUGCAACAACGCGUACUACCUGCCGGACGACGUCCAGACCAAGACGACGCUCGAGGUCGACCUCUUCACCACGCUCGGCGUCGGUUCCACCGGCCUCAGCUUCGGUGGGCAGUCGUACUAG